AUGUCCAAGUGUACCUUUGAUAAUUUAAUUAAAAUAUUUAAGACCAGCUUUUCGGCUGUUUUACCAGAACAGCUAAUAAGAAACUCAUUGAAAUACAAUUUGCAUACUGAACAAUUGAGUGUGUUAGGUCACCAUCACAGUCUGAAAGAUAAAAAUGUUUUUGUAGUUGGCACUGGAAAAGCUGUGAAAAAUAUGGCUCAAGAGAUAGAAUUUAUAUUAGGAUCCAAAAUAAAAGGUGGUUAUUUAAGUGUUCCUGUGGGAAGUAUAUCUGAAUUUAAUUACAAAAGUCACCUAAAAUAUUUAGAAGGCGCAAAGAAUAAUUUACCUGAUAAAGAUUCUGAAUCAACUAGCAGAAAAGUGAAGGCUUUGGUUUCAGACCUAGAUAAAAAUGACUUUCUUCUUGUAUUGAUAUCGGGUGGAGGUUCUGCUUUACUACCUUUACCUAAAACUCCUAUUACCCUCCUAGAAAAAACUAACUUGAUUAAGAAUCUGGCUAAUGCUGGUGCCGACAUUAAGGAAUUGAACACAGUUAGGAAACAAAUAUCAGAUUUAAAAGGUGGCCAGCUAGCUAUUCAGGCCCACCCUGCUCAAAUUGUAAGUCUAAUAUUAUCUGAUAUAGUUGGAGAUCCAUUAGAUUUGAUUGCUAGCGGUCCAACAGUCCAAAAUCAGGAUUCACCAAAUGCUGCAAUAGAUGUUCUUAAGAAAUAUUGUCUGUUUGAAAAUAUUCCAACUUCUAUAAAACAAGUGAUUGAAAAAACAGACUCCGAUGUUUUUCCUGUAGAAAAUGUACACAAUUAUGUUAUUGGUUCAAAUAAAAUAAGCAUAAAUGCAGCAGUAAAUGAAGCAAAAUCUUUAAAUUACACACCUAUUGUUCUGUCUCAUAGUGUUAUAGGCAAUGUUAAAGAUGUAGCAGAACAUUAUUAUGAACAGGUGAAAACCAUUUGCAAUUUUAGUAAAGGAAAAAUAGAUGCGAGUAAUAUGUUACCCCAUUUACUUGUAGAGAACUUAAGAUGUGAGAGUGUCAACAAUAUUUGUUUAAUUGCUGGGGGUGAAACCACUGUAGAAGUUAAGGGAACAGGUACAGGAGGUAGAAAUCAACAACUGGCCUUAGAAUUCUCAAUGCUUUUACAUGAAAACAAAGAGUAUCUGGCUGAUCAUGAGAUAUUCUUUUUAAGUGCAGGCACUGAUGGUAUAGACGGUCCAACAGAUGCAGCUGGAGCCUUGGGGUACAUACAUUUAGUGUCAGAUUCUGAAUUACAAGGCCUUAACAUAAGAAGUUACAUGGACAACAAUGAUUCUUAUAAUUUCUAUAAGCAAUUUAGUAAUGGCCAAUUCCAUAUUAUGACUGGCCAUACAAAUACAAAUGUUAUGGACAUUCAUUUAAUACUAAUUAGAAGAAAAUAA